AUGACCAGAAGGCUGUCGAUGUUACCGUCGCUGCGGUCGGUGCUUCGUCCCACACCCACCUUUCGGAGCAGACCAUGUCGAAGCGCGAUUACGAGGCGAUCCCUUGUGUCCGCUGCUGACAUCAAAUUCGGGCAGCCCUUGCACGAGACGCACCCACACCUGGUGCAGCCAGGCGAGCUCACGCCCGGUAUCUCUGCUCUCGAAUAUCAUCAUCGUCGCGCAGCCCUCGCCCGCAAGCUACCUCACAAUAGUGCUGCAGUACUCGCGGCAGCCGACAUCAAGUACCGUUCUGGAGCCGUGUUCUACGAAUUCCAUCAGGAUCCGAACUUCUUCUACCUGACUGGCUUCAACGAGCCAGAAGCCAUUGCGGUAAUCGAAAAGGGAAACUCCGACGUGGAAUAUACCUUUCAUCUCUUCGUACGACCAAAAGAUGAACGCGCGGAGCUAUGGGAUGGCGCUCGCUCAGGCGUGCAGGCUGCUCAGGACGUCUUCAAUGCAGACGAGGCGGGUGACAUUGAUACAAUCGCGAGAGUUCUCMCUAGUCUGCUGGACGAUGCUAAAGAGGUGUACACGGAUAUUGGCGUAGGUCGACGAGGAAGUCCUCUCAGCCGAUUCAUUGCAGGGUCUCCACGUUCAGAUGGACUGGCCAAGCUGCUGAGMAGUACUUCUGUUAAACCACUGCGACCACUUAUGAAUGAGUUGCGGGUCACCAAGUCAGAAGCAGAGCUGGACUGCAUGCGAAAAGCAGGCGCUUUGUCUGGAGCAGUAAUCACUCAAGCUAUGAAGAGGACUCCCAAGACCGAGAAACAGCUCUGGGCAGAUCUUGCGUAUGGCUUCCGAACCGGGGGCUUGGAUGGCGAGGCAUAUGUUCCCGUCGUUGCUGGUGGCAGAAACGCCCUCAGCAUACAUUAUGUGCGAAAUGAUGCUCCAUUGAAAGAUGGAGAAGUCGUUCUGGUUGAUGCGGGUGGGGAAUACGGCGGCUACAUCACAGACAUCACAAGGACGUGGCCUGUGAAUGGGCGCUUCACAGAUCCACAGCGCGAUAUGUACACUAUGAUCCUGAACGCGCAAAAGAGCUGUGUAAGCCUAUGCAGGGAAGAUGCGGGCAUGACAUUGGACAAAAUUCAUCGCAUAUGCGCCAAUGCAUUGGAGGAUGGUUUAAAGUCUCUGGGAUUUGAUGUGUCUGGCGAUGCGAUGGAUAAGCUCUUUCCACACCACGUUGGUCACUUCAUCGGUCUGGAUGUGCACGACGCCCCCGGGUAUUCGAGAACGGGACCUUUACGGCAAAAUCAAUGCAUCACAAUUGAGCCGGGAAUCUACGUCUCAGACGACGAGCGAUGGCCACAGCACUUCCGCGGCUUAGGCAUCAGAAUCGAAGACUCGGUGGUGAUCGGACAAGGCCAGGUCGAAGUUUUGACGCAAAGUGCCGUGAAAGACGUGGAAGACGUGGAACAUUCCACGCAGAGAUGA